GAACUAAAGUGAAAAAUGAAAUCCGAUUAUUAGCUAUUUUUUUAAGUUUUUAUGUUUUUAAUUUUUAACUUUUCGGUUAAUUUCUUCACUUAAUAUAAAGGAUAGAUGUCCUUUUUAAGACAAACAUAAGAAGUCUAGAGAAGAGAAUAGUUUACUUAAGCAGAACUAACUCGAUGACAGAAUCAUAUUUACUGUCUUACUCACUCAAUAUUUAUUGACGUCAUUAAUGUAGGAUUAUAAAAUGGCAGCUGCAAUAACGGUAGUUUAAAAAUCUCAAAGCACCAUUGAGCAAUGAAGCUGCUAUAUUUUAUCUUGAUCCUCGCUUCGCUGGAUAUCUCCACCGCCGAUAUCGAUAUCAAUCGUAUCAAAUCAAAACUUGUAAAGACUUUUAAUGGCAACAUACCAAGAGCUGUUGUUGACUGGAUGACGAUUCUAGAUGACAGUGUUGGUCUGUUGUCAUGCCUACCAACCAUUAAAGAAGGAAGAUGUUACAAAUCCAAAAAAUGUAAAUUACCAAAAUUGAAAUUUGGCGGUCGAAUGCUGUCUUUUGUGUUGUCGAUCUGCAAAAAUCCAUGGCAAAUAAUCAUCAAUUUUUUUCCAUUCAGGUUGCCUUGGUAUGCCAAACUUAAUAUGCAACCUUUUAUUAUCAACAUUGACAGCAACGAGAAAAAUGGUAUUUUCACAGUCAAAUCGAACACGCAAAUGAAGGCUAAGAUACGUUACGUUAACUUUGGCGUAGCAAAAGCUUCUCUUAGGAUAGAUGGUUUAAUUCGCUAUGAUUGUACCAAGCCACAUGGAAAACGUAAUUGGAUGCAACGCGUUCAGUACAAUUUAAAAGCUCCGAACGCACAGUAUACCAAAAUGUUUUACAAGUUGAAAAUUCGAAUGGAAAUUAAAAAGAAAAGGUUUAAUUGGUUCAAAUUUGACUACAAAUGCGUGCGUUGCGAAAAUAUUAUUAAUAAAUCUGGAAGCUUUGGGUCUGGUCGGCCGUCUUGUGAAAAAGAUAUGUCGAGGUACUCAAAAAACAUGUUGGAAAAAGAGAGAAGGUGCCGUAGAUACAGAAAUCAUAGAUCAAAAUGCCAGAUACAUUAGAUUUUAAAAGGACAUGAAGGGUGGGUCGGAAGGGGGUGUGUGGGUGGGUGGAUGGAUUACUUUCUUAUUAGUUUCCCAGUGAUAUUUUUUACUAAGUUUUAAAAGCUAAAUCUCAUAUUUACUACAUUUUUCACCCACUUGUUUUGUUCUAAGAGUUAUAAAUUCUUUCUCCUUACUAAACUCAAGGUCGCAUAAACAUUAAAUGAUGGCAAAAGGGCUAAUAUAUUUCACACAUUUAGGAAACUCGAUUUCAUAAAAUUAACUUGGUAAAAAUUAGCAUAUUUUGCACACGUGUUUUAUUGACAUGAAAACUUCAACAUAAUAACAUAGCAUGGCAAUAUAGAGUGAGAAAAAACUUUUUUAAAAAUAGGAGUAGAUAUACCACCCUUGAUAUGUUAUUGAGAUUAUUGUGAAAUAAUGCGCAUUUUGUAUUUCAUGGUUCAUAUACUUUUAUUUGUUAAUAGGAACCAACAACAACAACAACAACAAAACACACAAACAAAAACGAUCUCCAAUUUAUCUAAUAUUUCCCACAACGAAUAUUUUAUGUUUAAUACUCUCAAAUUAUUAAAAAUCAUAUUUCCUGUCCACUACAGAUAAUUGAACAGUUUACAUGCACCAGACAGUACCGCCUCAAUUAUUCACGAGCAGAUUCGACAAAAAGAAGGUUAAUCCAAAUUUUGGAGGAUAUCAAAUAGAAGAAUGUCACUUAAGGUCGCUCCCAAUGAAACUGGUUUUGGCUGCAACUUUCAAUGUUAGCAUUUGUGGAUACGCGUUAGAUUUUCUUUCUUAAUGCGACAAUUUGAAACGCUUUGCAACGUGACACUAUACAACCUCCAAACUUUUGCAGACAAAAUAACUUUUUUUAACAAGCAAUACAAACGCUACCAU